GUUUUAUUAAUUUAAUGAAAGGCAACACGACUAGUUAUUUGAUAUCCUAAGGGCAUUUCUGUUAUAAUUACUGCAUUUUGUUCUGUGGUGUUCAUUAUUGCAUAGCGUUCGUUAUGAUCACUACAAAAUUAAUCCUAAAGCUCUAAACAUCAUCAUGGUGAAGCAGAUCUCCUGGUAUAUUGUGCUUCUGUUGUGUAUAAACAAUGAGGUUUAUGGUUUCCGCUGCGACAGAAAACCGUACGCAACAACCACACAAUCGCAGGCCUCCGAUGGACGCUUUAAGUUGAUAGUGGCCGGAAGCGAGGGUACAUACAUUCCAGACCAACUGUAUAUAGUGAAAAUAGUCGAAACAGACGACGAAUCGAGAUUCACGGGGUUCAUGAUAUCUGCCGAAGGCGAAAUUAAACCAGAUCCAAAAAAUCCUAGAAGAGCAUUAGCUCUAUAUCCCGGAGAGUUAAGACCUCUUAACCCACUCACUGCGAAGUUUAGUGACCGUUGCUUAUAUUCCGUUGAGCAUACCAUGUCGUCUCCUAAAUCUUCUGUCGAGGUAUAUUGGCAAGCUCCUCAGUCUGGAAAUGGUUGUGUCACAUUAAGGGCGAUGGUUAUCGAAAGUGAUGAUGUCUGGUUUGAAGACGGCGCACCAUUAACCCAGAUACUAUGUGAGGAUAUGCGACAACCGGACGAUGUCACGCCACAGCUGAACUAUGAAUGCCAGAUUUGUGACGAGGCGAAGUAUGAGAUUGCUUUCACAGGAAUUUGGUCACGAAAUACACAUCCUCGCCUCUAUCCUGAAAACGAUUGGUUACCGCGAUACAGUGAUAUGAUCGGCGCCUCACAUGCUGCUGAUUUCAUCCUAUGGGCUCCUGGCUCCCUAGCCACUGAUGGAUUCCGGGACUUCGCAGAACAUGCAAAUGGCAGCAAACUAGAAGGGGAAAUUAGAGAAAAGAUUGGCGAUGGAAUCCGUACUCUGAUAAAAGGCAAAGGCCAUGGGUACCGUAAAAUGAGCAACCCCACGUUCUCUUUCUUCCGUACGGACAAAACAAAUCAUCUCUUCACUGUGGCGAUCGCUAUUCACCCUUCCCCCGACUGGUUUCUAGGAGUGACCAGGUUUGAGUUAUGCCAAGAAGAUAACACAUGGUUAAAUGAGAGAGAGUUGAAUUUGUAUCCUUGGGAUGCUGGAACAGACAGUGGUGUUUCUUAUGAAUCUCCAAAUUUCGAAACGUUUCCUCAAGACGCUGUUGCCAGAGUACAAAUGAGCACAUAUGAUAAAAAUUCACCUUUUUAUGAAAUGGACAUAAAAGAUUUACACCCUUUCGGUAGACUGCAUAUUAAGUUGAUCCGAACUUAUCACAGAGAUUGUGAAGAACAGGAACCUGAUUCUACUGAAGAAACACAAACGUCUACAGAAGAGACGACUACAGAAGGAGGCGAGGAGCCUUCUGAGCCCGAAGAGCCUUCCAGGUACCGAUCCGAUCUAGCCCGACGGCGGGGUGAAGCCCCAAUAGUGACUGAUCCUGACUCAUCGGAAGACUGCCCGAUGUCUCAAUGGCAAGAAUGGAGUCCCUGCGACGGCAAUUGUGACAAUGGAAGACUUCAUGGGUACAAGUGGAGAGAGAGGUACCAUCUUGUGGACGGUAUUGCUGUUGAGAAGUAUGAUCCAGAUGCGGAUCCAUCGACAAAAAAAGAAGUGCCGCGAUUUUGCAAGAACCACUACGAAGAUUUUGAGCGGGACGAAUGUGAAGACGACUGUGAAGCCGAGGAAAAGGAAGACUUGAUAUCUGAAAGACGAAUUAUGGAACCAGUAGCGCCCGGCCAUUCUUGGACCUCUAAAAGGCAUUUAUCCAAACGGAGAUAUUUAUAAAAACAAAUAUAUUUUUAAAAAAACGAUUCUUAAGUAGGUUCUUGUGUAAAUUAAUUAAGAAAAUUUAUUGUAAGAAUAUGUAAUUUAAAAUUUAAGAUUAAUAGGUAUGUAUUAUAUAAAGUGUAGUAUAAUAAAUAAACUUUUUGA